CACUUUCUCUGCGCGAGCGCGUGAGUCGCGGGAUGACACCGCGGUACCACGCAUGCGCACUCUGACCCCGGCGAGCGCGGUAACGGACUUUAUUUGAAUUUUGAAUUUCGAGUGUGAGUGACGUAGUGUCGUGUAUUUUUUUUUUAUUGUGCAAGGGCCCCAUGAAGCGGCUGUCAUGCGCAUAGCGGCACUGAUUGCACUCGUGCAGCUGUCGCUCGCUACAGCUGUUUCAGAUGAACCACAAACGCUCACAGCGGUUGAGCUGAACCGCGAGCUCUCCGGCGACAAUGCGCUCUCACCUUUCUACGAAAGCAGUGAAGAUGCUGGGGUCGUAUUCAUUAGGGGGUCAAGGGCCGCCGACUCGCCCCUCUCCCCCGACAUAGAUGUGCAAUGCGCAGGCGACUUUAUCGACGUCACUGUCGAGUUCGCAGAUAUCUAUGAUGGUAUCAUUUACAGUAAGGGCUUCCUGAAUGACCCGAAGUGCAAGUACGUAUCAUUAGGCGGCAGUCAAUCGCGGUACUCAUUCCGAGUGCCCCUGAAUGGCUGCGGCUCUCGUCCCCUCUGUAAUGCUUGCGGUACCAUCGACAACGUGCUCGUCUUCCAAGCUGAUGACUUGCUGCAAGGACCACAGGAUUUCGCUCGCAAGGUAUCAUGUGCGCGCACUUCUCUAGAAGUGUCAACCGGCGUGGUUGCGUCAAAAGAACAGCACACUCUUAAACUGAAGCCCUUCAUGGUUGAUAUGCUGGAUGUGGUAGCUGUGGAAGGACCUGCCGGAGGAAUUGAAUGCUGGAUGGACAUUCAGAAAGGAGUUUUUCCCAACACUACUCCAUUGAAAGACUCGAUCAAGAUUGGUGAAUAUUUGACGAUCCUCGUGUACCUGAAGGAUGUAAGGAAACAGUUCAGUCUCAAGAUCCACGACUGCUGGGCUUAUGACAGCGAAAACUACGACGGUGUUAAAACCAGCAAGAUUCAACUGACGGACAAAGAAGGCUGUCCCAAGAAGAAGAAGCUUAUCGACUUGUUCCAAACGACCACAAACACUGGUAAAAGUGGAGCAACUCUGAUAGCUUACAGCAAAGUGAGCGCCUUCCGAUUCCCAGAGACCGACCAAGUCUACCUGACAUGUAACGUCGAGUUAUGUACAAACAACUGUGACUCCAGCUGCGAUGGUGUGAUCAAAGAAGUGUCAACGACAAUACGACCAUCACAAUGUUACCCGGGUUCCCGAGACCCUGGUUGCCAACGCGUCACCAUUGAACCACAGAUCAAGUGCUACCCUGGUUCACUCGACCCUAGAUGUCCCAGACCAACAACUCCUGAGCCACCACGUUGCUUCCCUGGAUCUCGAGUCUGGAUCUGGAGUCGUUGGCUUAGGUGCACUAAGCCAACGACUCCUGAGCCACCUCGUUGCUAUCCCGGCUCAACUGACCCUAGGUGCCCCAAGCCAACGACCCCAGAGCCACCUCGUUGCUAUCCCGGCUCAACUGACCCAAGGUGCCCCAAGCCAACGACCCCAGAGCCACCUCGUUGCUAUCCCGGCUCAACUGACCCAAGGUGCCCCAAGCCAACGACCCCAGAGCCACCUCGUUGCUAUCCCGGCUCAACUGACCCAAGGUGCCCCAAGCCAACGACCCCAGAGCCACCUCGUUGCUAUCCCGGCUCAACUGACCCAAGGUGCCCCAAGCCAACGACCCCAGAGCCACCUCGUUGCUAUCCCGGCUCAACUGACCCAAGGUGCCCCAAGCCAACGACCCCAGAGCCACCUCGUUGCUAUCCCGGCUCAACUGACCCAAGGUGCCCCAAGCCAACGACCCCAGAGCCACCUCGUUGCUAUCCCGGCUCAACUGACCCUAGAUGUCCCAAACCAACAACCCCUGAGCCACCUCGUUGCUUCCCAGGUUCCAGUGACCCUAGAUGCCCCAAGCCAACGACCCCAGAGCCACCACGUUGCUUCCCAGGUUCGACUGAUCCAAGGUGCCCUAAACCAACGACUCCGAAACCAGUUUGUUAUCCAGGUUCACCUGACCCCAAUUGUCCACAGCCAACACGUCCCACGACAUUAAGUCCUCCGACGUAUUUACCACCACAGCCUACUACACCAGGAACAUCACCCGCUCCCAGGUGUUACCCUGGAUCCAACGAUCCUAGAUGCCCUAAGCCAACGACUCCUGAGCCUCCUCGAUGCUUCCCUGGAUCUACUGACCCAAGGUGCCCCAAGCCUACUACUCCUGAGCCACCUCGUUGUUUCCCGGGUUCCAGUGACCCUAGAUGCCCCAAGCCUACAACUCCGGAGCCUCCUCGAUGUUUCCCUGGAUCAACUGACCCAAGGUGCCCCAAGCCUACAACUCCGGAGCCUCCUCGAUGCUUCCCUGGAUCUACUGACCCCAGGUGCCCCAAGCCUACAACUCCUGAGCCUCCUCGUUGUUUCCCGGGUUCCAGUGACCCAAGGUGCCCCAAGCCAACAACUCCUGAACCACCGCGUUGCUUCCCAGGUUCGAACGAUCCUAGAUGCCCGAAACCAACAUCUCCGAAACCAGUUUGUUAUCCAGGCUCACCUGACCCCAAGUGUCCACAACCUACACGUCCUACGACAUUAAGUCCUCCUACAUAUUUACCACCACAGCCUACUACAUCGGGUACAUCACCCGCUCCCAGGUGUUACCCUGGAUCCAACGAUCCUAGAUGUCCCAAGCCCACGACUCCUGAGCCACCUCGUUGCUAUCCCGGCUCAACUGACCCUAGGUGCCCUAAGCCAACGACUCCUGAGCCACCUCGUUGCUUCCCUGGAUCUACUGACCCCAGGUGUCCUAAGCCAACGACUCCUGAGCCACCUCGUUGCUAUCCCGGCUCAACUGACCCUAGAUGUCCCAAGCCAACCACCCCAGAGCCACCUCGUUGCUAUCCCGGCUCAACUGACCCUAGAUGUCCCAAGCCAACCACCCCAGAGCCACCUCGCUGCUAUCCCGGCUCAACUGACCCUAGGUGCCCUAAGCCUACUACUCCUGAGGCUCCUCGUUGCUUCCCUGGAUCUACCGACUCUAGGUGCCCCAAGCCAACAACUCCAGAGCCACCUCGCUGCUUCCCAGGAAGCACUGACCCCCGUUGUCCUAAACCAACAACGCCUGCACCUCCUAACUGUUACCCAGGCAAUACUGAUCCAAGAUGCCCGAGACCAACAACUCCAAAACCUGUUUGCUAUCCAGGCUCCCCUGACCCCAAAUGCCCACAGCCACCUCGUCCUACAACAUUGAAUCCACCCACAUAUUUGCCGCCAGAGCCUACUACGCCAGCAACACCACCAGCUCCUAAAUGUUACCCUGGGUCUAACGAUCCUAGAUGUCCCAAACCAACGACACCUGCUCCUCCUAACUGCUAUCCUGGAAACACAGACCCGCGUUGCCCUAAACCCACAACUCCUGCACCUCCUAGAUGCUUCCCCGGCAGUACAGACCCUCGUUGCCCUAAACCGACCACUCCUGCAGCACCAAAUUGUUAUCCUGGAAGCACAGACCCGCGCUGUCCAAAACCAACAACGCCUGCUCCACCAAGGUGUUUCCCUGGCAGCACAGAUCCAAGAUGUCCGAAACCAACAACACCCGAGGGUCCACGUUGCUUCCCUGGAUCAACUGAUCCGCGAUGCCCACAACCAACUACUCCAGCUCCUCCUAAUUGUUAUCCCGGUAGCACAGACCCUCGUUGCCCUAAACCAACAACCCCUGCACCACCUAGAUGCUUCCCAGGCAGCACAGAUCCACGUUGUCCUAAGCCAACCACACCAGCACCACCAAACUGCUAUCCUGGUAGUCAAGACCCUCGCUGUCCAAAGCCUACUACGCCUUCAGCACCAAAUUGUUAUCCCGGUAGCACAGACCCUCGUUGCCCUAAACCAACUACACCCGCACCGCCAAGGUGCUUCCCUGGCAGCACAGACCCUCGUUGCCCAAAACCGACCACGCCUUCCGCACCAAAUUGUUAUCCAGGCAGCACAGACCCGCGUUGUCCAAAACCAACAACGCCUGCUGCUCCAAAUUGCUAUCCCGGUAGCACAGAUCCACGUUGUCCGAAACCAACAACGCCUGCUCCACCUAGGUGCUUCCCAGGCAGCACAGAUCCCAGGUGCCCAAAACCAACAACACCUGCUCCUCCCAAUUGUUUCCCUGGAUCCACCGAUCCAAGAUGCCCGAAACCAACAUCACCUAAACCAGUAUGUUAUCCAGGUUCUCCUGAUCCUAAAUGCCCACAGCCUCCUCGCCCUACAACAUUGAAUCCUCCAACAUAUUUACCACCAGGCCCGACCACGCCGGCAACACCACCGGCGCCUAAAUGCUAUCCUGGUUCUAAUGACCCUAGAUGCCCUCAACCAACAACACCCGCGCCUCCGAGGUGUUUCCCAGGCAGCACAGAUCCUCGUUGCCCAAAGCCAACCACACCGGCACCAUCAAACUGCUAUCCUGGCAACACCGAUCCUAGGUGCCCGAAACCCACCACACCUGCGCCUCCUAACUGUUACCCUGGCAACAAUGAUCCUAGAUGUCCGAAACCAACAACCCCAGCGCCACCAAGGUGCUUCCCCGGCAGUACAGACCCGCGUUGUCCAAAACCAACAACACCUGCGCCUCCCAACUGUUUCCCUGGAUCCACUGACUCAAGAUGCCCACAACCGACUACACCAGCACCACCUAGAUGCUUCCCGGGCAGCACAGACCCUCGUUGUCCUAAGCCAACCACGCCAGCACAACCAAACUGCUAUCCCGGUAGUCAAGAUCCUAGGUGCCCAAAACCGACCACACCUGCGCCUCCUAACUGUUACCCUGGCAACACCGAUCCUAGGUGUCCAAAACCGACCACACCGGCUCCACCAAAUUGCUAUCCUGGAAACACCGAUCCUAGGUGUCCGAGACCAACAACCCCAGCGCCACCAAGGUGCUUCCCAGGUAGCACAGACCCUCGUUGUCCUAAGCCAACCACGCCAGCACAACCAAACUGUUACCCAGGAAACACAGAUCCGAGAUGCCCGAGACCAACCUCUCCCAAACCCGUUUGCUAUCCAGGCUCACCUGAUCCUAAGUGUCCACAGCCUACUCGCCCUACAACUUUGAGUCCUCCUACUUAUUUGCCACCAGUGCCUACUACACCAUCAAUUCCACCAACGCCUAAAUGUUACCCUGGGUCCAAUGAUCCAAGGUGUCCCAAACCAACCACCCCUGCACCUCCUAACUGUUAUCCCGGUAGCAACGACCUCCGUUGCCCUAAACCAACAACACCCGCACCUCCAAGGUGCUUCCCAGGCAGCACAGACCCUCGUUGCCCUAAGCCAACUACGCCGGCACCCCCGAACUGCUAUCCUGGCAACACCGACCCUAGGUGCCCUAAGCCAACCACACCCGCUCCACCAAACUGCUAUCCUGGCAACACCGACCCACGUUGCCCUAAGCCAACCACACCUGCGCCACCGAACUGCUAUCCUGGCAACACCGACCCUAGGUGCCCUAAGCCAACCACACCGGCACCACCAAACUGCUAUCCUGGCAACACCGAUCCUAGGUGUCCAAAACCCACCACACCUGCGCCUCCUAACUGUUACCCUGGCAACAAUGAUCCUAGAUGUCCGAGACCAACAACACCUGCGCCACCAAGGUGCUUCCCAGGAAGUACAGAUCCAAGAUGCCCGAAACCAACAACGCCAAAACCUGUUUGCUAUCCAGGCUCCCCUGACCCUAAAUGCCCACAGCCUCCCCGUCCUACAACUUUGAAUCCUCCCACAUACUUGCCACCAGAGCCUACUACAUCACCAGCACCAAGAUGUUACCCCGGUUCUAAUGACCCUAGAUGUCCAAAGCCAACAACACCUGCGCCUCCUCGUUGUUUCCCUGGAUCGACUGAUCCAAGAUGCCCUAAGCCUACCACUCCGGCUCCACCAAACUGCUAUCCCGGUAACACGGAUCCAAGAUGUCCGAGACCAACGACACCUGCCCCUCCAAACUGUUAUCCCGGUAGCACUGACUCUCGUUGUCCAAAGCCAACAACACCUGCGCCUCCUCGUUGUUUCCCUGGAUCGACUGAUCCGAGAUGCCCUAAGCCAACCACACCAGCUCCCCCUAACUGUUUCCCCGGUAGUACAGACCCACGUUGUCCCAAACCAACGACACCAGCACCACCAAACUGUUACCCUGGCAACACCGAUCCUAGGUGCCCAAAACCGACCACACCUGCGCCUCCUAACUGUUAUCCUGGCAACACCGACCCUAGGUGCCCAAGACCGACCACACCAGCACCACCAAACUGCUAUCCUGGAAACAACGAUCCACGUUGUCCAAAGCCAACAACACCUGCGCCUCCUCGGUGUUUCCCUGGAUCGACUGAUCCGAGAUGUCCUAAGCCAACCACACCAGCUCCCCCUAACUGUUACCCCGGUAGUACAGACCCACGUUGUCCCAAACCAACGACACCAGCGCCACCAAACUGCUAUCCUGGCAACACUGAUCCUAGGUGUCCAAGACCUACAACUCCUGCGCCACCAAGGUGCUUCCCCGGUAGCACAGACCCUCGUUGUCCUAAACCAACGACGCCAGCCCCAACAAAGCCCGUGUGCUAUCCUGGUUCACCGGAUCCAAAAUGCCCACAGCCACCGCGUCCUACAACAUUGAAUCCUCCAACUUACUUGCCACCAGAGCCUACUACAGUUCCAACACCGCCAGCACCUAAAUGUUACCCUGGAUCUAAUGAUCCUAGAUGUCCAAAACCAACAACUCCAGCGCCUCCUCGAUGCUUCCCUGGAUCAACAGACCCUCGUUGUCCGAAGCCAACCACACCUGCUCCACCAAACUGUUACCCUGGUAACACAGACCCACGUUGUCCUAGACCAACUACACCUGAGCCACCAAGGUGUUUCCCAGGCAGCACUGACCCCCGUUGUCCGAAGCCAACCACGCCUGCACCACCAAACUGUUACCCCGGUAGCACAGACCCACGUUGUCCCAAACCAACAACUCCUGCGCCUCCAAGGUGCUUCCCAGGAAGUACAGAUCCUAGGUGUCCCAAACCGACCACUCCUGCGCCUCCUAACUGUUACCCCGGCAACAAUGAUCCUAGAUGUCCAAGACCAACACCUCCAAAACCUGUUUGCUAUCCAGGCUCCCCUGACCCCAAGUGCCCACAGCCUCCACGUCCUACAACACUGAAUCCUCCAACUUAUUUACCACCGGAGCCCACAACAACGGUAACACCAUCACCAGCACCCAAGUGUUAUCCUGGCUCCAGUGAUCCAAGAUGUCCUAAACCUACCACACCUGCACCACCAAGAUGUUUCCCAGGAAGCACAGACCCUAGAUGCCCCAAGCCCACAACACCUGAGCCACCUCGGUGCUUCCCUGGAUCGAAUGACCCUAGAUGCCCCAAGCCUACAACGCCCGAACAGCCUAGAUGCUACCCUGGUUCAAACGACCCUAGAUGCCCGAAACCCACAACUCCUGAACCACCUCGUUGCUUCCCUGGUUCCAGUGACCCUAGAUGUCCCAAGCCCACAACACCUGAGCCACCUCGUUGCUUCCCGGGCUCCAGUGACCCUAGAUGCCCCAAGCCCACAACACCUGAGCCACCUCGUUGCUUCCCGGGCUCCAGUGACCCUAGAUGCCCCAAGCCCACAACACCUGAGCCACCUCGUUGCUUCCCGGGCUCCAGUGACCCUAGAUGUCCCAAGCCCACAACACCUGAGCCACCUCGUUGCUUCCCUGGUUCCAGUGACCCUAGAUGUCCCAAGCCAACAACACCUGAGCCACCUCGUUGCUUCCCGGGCUCCAGUGACCCUAGAUGUCCCAAGCCCACAACACCUGAGCCACCUCGUUGCUUCCCUGGAUCAACAGAUUCUAGAUGCCCCAGGCCAACGACUCCUAAACCAGUUUGCUACCCAGGUUCCCCGGACCCUAAGUGUCCUCAACCCCCACGACCAACCACAUUAAAUCCUCCCACAUAUUUGCCACCGACAACUCAAACUCUUAAAUGUUACCCAGGUUCUAAUGACCCUAGAUGCCCGAAACCAACGACUCCCGAACCACCACGGUGCUUCCCUGGAUCGACUGACCCUAGGUGCCCCAAACCCACCACUCCUGAGCCUCCUCGGUGCUUCCCAGGCUCCAGUGACCCUAGGUGCCCCAAACCCACCACUCCUGAGCCUCCUCGGUGCUUCCCAGGCUCCAGCGACCCUAGGUGCCCCAAACCCACCACUCCUGAGCCUCCUCGGUGCUUCCCAGGCUCCAGUGACCCUAGGUGCCCCAAACCCACCACUCCUGAGCCUCCUCGGUGCUUCCCAGGCUCCAGUGACCCUAGGUGCCCCAAACCCACCACUCCUGAGCCUCCUCGGUGCUUCCCAGGCUCUAGUGACCCUAGGUGCCCCAAACCCACCACUCCUGAGCCUCCUCGGUGCUUCCCAGGCUCCAGCGACCCUAGGUGCCCCAAGCCCACAACUCCUGAGCCUCCUCGGUGCUUCCCAGGCUCCAGCGACCCUAGGUGCCCCAAGCCCACAACUCCUGAGCCUCCUCGGUGCUUCCCCGGCUCUACUGAUCCAAGAUGCCCGAAGCCUACAACACCUGAACAGCCACGAUGCUAUCCCGGUUCCAACGAUCCCAGAUGUCCCAAACCUACGACUCCCGAACCACCUCGGUGCUUCCCCGGAUCGAACGAUCCUAGAUGCCCGAAACCUACUAGUCCUAAGCCAGUUUGCUACCCCGGUUCUCCUGAUCCCAAGUGUCCUCAACCACCACGACCUACCACGUUAAAUCCUCCCACAUAUUUGCCACCUACGACACAAACGCUUAAAUGUUACCCAGGCUCUAAUGACCCUAGAUGCCCCAAACCUACGACUCCCGAACCACCUCGGUGCUUCCCUGGUUCCAACGAUCCAAGGUGCCCCAAGCCAACCACACCAGAACCACCUCGAUGCUUCCCUGGAUCGAAUGACCCUAGAUGCCCUAAGCCUACAACACCUGAGCAACCUAGAUGCUACCCAGGUUCCAGUGACCCUAGGUGCCCUAAGCCCACCACUCCCGAGCCACCUCGUUGCUUCCCUGGAUCGAAUGACCCUAGAUGCCCUAAACCUACAACACCUGAGCAACCUAGAUGCUACCCAGGUUCCAGUGACCCUAGGUGCCCUAAGCCCACCACUCCCGAGCCACCUCGUUGCUUCCCUGGAUCGAAUGACCCUAGAUGCCCUAAGCCUACAACACCAGAGCAACCUAGAUGCUACCCAGGUUCUAGUGACCCUAGGUGCCCUAAACCUACAACGCCCGAACAGCCUCGAUGCUAUCCCGGUUCUAAUGACCCUAGGUGCCCCAAGCCUACACAACCACCAACGCCAAGCUCUUGUUACCCUGGAUCUAGGGAUCCCAAGUGCCCUCAACCAUUUGCUCCCAGUAGUACAAACCCGCCUUCGACAUAUUUGCCCCCAUUCCCAGAGCAAAAUGAAGUCAAUGGACCAAGGGUCAGCAGAUUAGUCAAGGAUAAGGACUUGGAAGAUGACAAGUCCUACGCAGAUACUCAAUCAGAAAUAGAUUCCUUUGAGUCUUCUCGAACCCAGCCCAGGUCGAGAAAGGUGCGUGAUGUAAGCGGUGCUAGUGAGACAAUAGCAUUCGUUACCAGUGGAAAUGCCAUCGUCUACGUUGCCAUUGGCUCAGCCACAGUUAUGCUAAUGUCUAUCACACUUGCCAUUUAUUUGUACAAAAAUAACAAAACACACAAGUCAAAAACUGUAUCACAAACUAAAACGAACCCCUGUUAAUAUGUAAAUAACUUUAAUGUGUUAAACUUAAAUAUUGUGAUAUUAUAAUUCUUAAUGUUACUACUUGACGCAUUCGAAAUUGCAAUUUUUACGAUAUAUUUUUAUAAUGGCUGCGAGACAUGGAUUGAUUGAUGUUUAAAGUAACUUACACUGCCUUUUAAGCUUUAUCUCUUAAGAUAUUAUUUCAGGCGCUUAAUAAGCUUGCCUAUUUUAUCACUAUAUAAAAUAGUGCCAUAAUAUAAAUAUGUAAUAUAGUAUCGUGUCUGCUUUGAUGCAUCCUCACAAUUUAUAAAUGUAUAUUUUAUCCCUAGUCAAUAUUGUUUAUGUAUGACUUAUGUAUAAUAUGUUCUGAAUUCAUGAUGUAUAAAAUCUAAAAUUUACUCAUUGUUUGAAUAUACUCAUUUGUGAUAUUUUUGUGUAAAUACAUAAUAUAUUUACCAGUACGCUGAUGUGGCCAUUGAACGAAUAGUGUACGUAUUUUGUUAAUUAUAUAAGAUUGUUAGCCUUAGGUACUCUCUUGAUAAACGAAUCACUUCAUUAAUUAGAAAGUUUCAGAAAUGUAUAAUAUGUUCUGAUGCAGACAGUACCUAAUGCCAUAGAAUCUUAUUUUCAAUGAUUUUGUAAUGUUAGUACCUAAGAUUGCUUGUCGAGUCAAUCUAAGUAAAACAUUCUAUGAAUGUCAA